AUGAGCACUGUGUGUGAAGCCAAUGGCACCUUUGCCAUCCAACUGUUGAAGAUGCUCUGUCAACAUGACCCUUUCAAAAAUGUAUGUUUUUCUCCUGUAAGCAUCUCCUCUGCUCUAGCUAUGGUCCUCUUGGGGGCGAAGGGAGACACUGCAGCCCAGAUAGCUCAGGCACUUGGUUUAAGCCCAGAGAAAGACGUUCACCAGGGCUUCCAGUUGCUUCUCAGUCACCUGAACAAGCCAGGCAGAAAGUAUGCGCUUAGAAUGGCCAACAGGCUCUUUGCAGAGAGCACUUUUGAAUUGCUCCCAGCCUUUAAGGAGUCCUGUCUUCAGUUCUAUCACUCAGAGAUGGAGCAGCUCUCCUUUGUCACAGCUGCAGAGGAGUCCAGGAAACACAUAAACACAUGGGUCUCCAAACAGACUGAAGGAAAAAUUCCAGAGCUGUUGUCAGGUGACUCUGUUGAUCCAGGAACCAGGCUGAUUCUUGUCAAUGCCUUAUAUUUAAAAGGAAAGUGGUAUCAACCUUUUGAUGGAGAAACCACCAGGGAAAUGCCUUUUAAAAUAAAUGAGAAGGAGGAAAGGCCAGUGCAGAUGAUGAAUCAGGAAAACAUGUUUAACCUCAUAUAUGUGAAUGAAGUACAGGCAGAAAUACUGGAGAUACCCUAUGAGGGCAUGGAGCUGAGCAUGUUCAUCCUGCUCCCAAAGGAAGGUGUGGACCUCAGCAAGGUAGAAAACAAUCUCACUUUUGAGAAGUUAACAGCCUGGACCAAACCUGGUUUUAUGAAGAAAACUUGGAUUUAUGUUUACCUUCCAAAAUUUACACUGCAAGAGGAUUAUGACAUGAAAUCUCUGUUCCCGAAGUUGGGAGUGGUGGAUGUCUUCCAUGAGGACACAGCUGACUUAUCAGCCAUGUUCCCGGAGAGAGGCCUCUGUGUGACCAUGUUUGUUCACAAGAGUGUGGUGGAGGUCAAUGAGGAUGGCACUGAGGCUGCAGCAGGGUCAGCUGCUCACGUUUCCCCAGAUUGUGCUAGCCUAUGCCCAGUGUUCUGUGCUGACCACCCCUUCCUUUUCUUCAUCAGGCACAACAAAACCAACAGCAUCCUGUUCUGUGGCAGGUUCUCAUCUCCAUAAAGGCACAUUAACUA